AUGGAUGAAGUUCAUCGCGAUCGACUCAGACGUCGUUAUCGUCUCAGAAGACUCAGAAGAGGUGAAGGAAGGGCAAAUGAAGGACAAGCAGAUCCACAGGAUCCACUAGCUGAAAAUCCAGAAGAAGGAAAUCCAGCGGCUGGUGAUGCUCCGCCACGGCAAAUAAGACCACGUCGCGUUCACCCACGAAGGAAUUGGCAAGACGAAGUGUGGCAGAUUUUUCCGGAAGACGGGGAUAUGGAUGAUGGGGAUAGGCAGGAUGACGAUGCAUUGCAAUUAAUGGAAAGAAUGAAUGGAGAUGUACAUCGCCCAUUCUUGCCCCGUGAAGAAAACCACCGUCAGGAACCUCCUCAAAAUGGUCUAGAACAACUAGAGGAACAGUUAGAGAGACGUCGUUCACAUCGUCCACAUGAACUGCCAUUUCCGUUUAUCACACGUGGCGAAUUUAAUAUUAGCCGAUCAAUGAUCAAAGAAUGCUCGAAACCAUGGAAUAACAUCAGCUGGACCAUCAAAUACGAAGCGAAAGUUGUGGAUAGCAAUUGUCAUUACGGGCGAUUCUUUGUUACUUUCAGCGGAAUGGGCGAAAAUGCUUACAAAAUUAUCACAAGCCUUAAAAUCACCAAAGUGACAGUUAACACGUCGGAUCAUAUUGAGCAAACACUGAUUUUUGACAAGAACCAUAGAACACUGAUGUUCCCAGAUAUAAUGCUCACGUCUCAGAGCAGAGUUGACCAUGUAAUGAAUAGUCCACAUUUAAAUAUGAUAUUUACUAUUCAUCAUGCCGAAAAAGUAGAUGAGUUCACCUACGACGGCCAAUCUUGGCCGAUGAGUGAUAAAUGGGUCAAUUACCUAGAUAAAUGCGCAGUAAGAAUGAACACUAACCAACUCCACGUUCACAAUCCCCAUCUCGACUUGCUGCUAGGUGAUUUGAAGAUCGGAAUACUAUCGCAAAACGAAGCUAAAGCAUUUUACGAGUUUGCCGGUUUCCUCUGCCACCGCUGGUACAUCGGCACUGAGAAACUUCACGAUAUCCUUGUGAAUGGAUUCAAAUUGGGCUUUACUGAGAAAUGGGAUCUUCUCGAUACUCCGGAUUCUGGCAUCGAUUUCAAUGCGAAGGCUUUAUUGCCAUUUUAUCACGAUUUUUUGGAGGAGGAGCCGAAACAGCAAAUUGGUUUUGAAACAAAUUCGCCCAGCGGGGUUUGUCAAAUUUUUGAACUGCGCAUGAAUCCGAAAGAAGUUCAUUGUCGUACUCAAGUAGAGACCAUGCGUUUUGCAAGAGAACAUCGAGGACAGUUCACGUUUUACUUCGAGGACACCCCUAAAGGUACUCUUCUGAUGAUGGGAGCAGUUUUCAAACUCGAUGGUCGUCAAAACGCAAAAAUGAAGAUCACUCUGUUUGAGCAUGGUGUCAAAAAAGCAGUAAACACAUCAUACCGCAUCAUCCAUGAGCAACAACGAACCUAUGGAACGGUUGUUGCCCACCUGUCCGAAGAGCAACUGACAAUACUUGCAAAGAAUAAGUUGAGUGUCGGAAUCCAACUUCAUUUCCAUCACACGGACGCCAACUUCAUACACACAUUCAGACAUGAAGCGGAUUUCUCCUCUCCUUACAUGAUGCCGGGUCCUUGCAAUGGAUGGAUUGAAUGCAAUGAUGGCAAGAAGAUUGGAGUGAACAAAGAGUUUGUUUCCAAGCAUAGCUACCAACUCAAUACUUUAUUCAAUAACAAUAUGUUUGCCGAUUGUGGAUUGAGCACCAUUAAAGUGAACGAAGCAUCUGACAUAGUACUAUAUUGCCUAGAAAUCAUGUAUCACAAGAGUCUCGCUAUCAAUUUCAAUAACUUCAAGAGGAUCCUUGACUUGGCGGGAUACUGGUUGUCGGACACAAUCAAGCGAUAUAUUGAAAUGGCUGUUGUUCACACUGACAAGAUUGAUCCAGCUGAUAAACUUGAGUUGGGCAUUUUUUAUGAUUUGGAUAUGAUCAAGUACGUCGCCCGUCACCCUGAGUACGCCUCUAGUUUCAACCUCAACAUAUCUGAAGAGGAAAGAGCUUGUGUAGCCAUUCCAGCUGGGAACGAACUCGACGGAGGACCGCUCGGCAGACAACCAGUGGAGAAUCUUUAA